AUGGUUGAUGCAAAGGAUGGACCUACUGCAAAGCCGAAGAGCAUGCGAUGCACCCCAAUCGAGGUCGUCCACGUCACUCCGGCUCUGCUUUUGUCCCACGUCAAUCCAGAAAUUUUUCAGAAAUUAGAUCUGCGAUCUAAUGUCAGAAUGGUGACAGCCUUGCGACAAAAACCAAAACACACAUUUGGCGCGAAAAAGAAAGUGGGUCGGCAUCCACAACAACUCAACUCUGGCAUCCGCUUCCCACUUCCCAGUCGUAUAGACACUCGCCACCACCACGGUACGACACCCGUUCCUUGGUCUUCGCGCCACCUCCACUCAACAAAAAUGAAGGAAGAAAACUCCAUCUCUGCGGCGACUCUCAAUAACAAGACCCUUCGUGCUUUGUCCCAAGUUCUCCAGGACAUCCGCACAACCGUCUCGCAUUCCUCCCUUCCAGGAAUCUCACCACUGGCUGUUGUUGACGACACUGCAGUCGACGCCCUCAAGGAUCUCUUCUACACCGUCAAUUCGGAAGACCCGCUAAAUGCUAUGCCAGUUCGCCGCCUCAUCGGCGAGCAACACAUCGUCAAAUCAGCUCUCUUACCCCUCGUUGCAGCCAUCGACGGAGAUCCGACUAGUCAUCGAAAACGCAAACGCUGGAGUGUCUGUGUCUACCAGACUUUGCGAGUCCUCUCCGUCUUGUCGAUACCCAUUACAAAAGACAACGAAUUUCUCAGGCCGGGCUGCAACCUCGAUUUGCAUUUUCACAAAUUUCGCGCCGAUAUCGCCUGUAACCGUCCCGCCCUUCACGCUUUCGUCUCCCUUUUUCAAUACUACAUUGAUCGCAAAGCAGAAAAACAGGAUGCCUUGGCCCCUGCCAAAGAGUCGCAGCUUGAGGAUGCGCGAAUUGACAACAUCCUUUGCUUUUUUCGCAACAUUUUGUCCCCCCCUCGUGCAGAAGUUGGAGAUGACAUUACUCUACGGGAUAAGGGCGUUCAUCUGGCCCUUGUGGGUUCUUUGGUUGACUCAGACUUCUAUUCCACUAUUUCUAUUCUAUUCUCGUCCAAGGAGGAUGCUGCGGCGCAGUACACAGAUCUUGUAUUUAUGGUCUCGGACAUCUAUGCACAGACCUACAGACAUAGCAGCCCUCGAGAAAUGCACACAUUCUACAAAAAUAAGCGCUGCAAAGAAAGUUUUAUCGAUGUAGUGGAUGAACACUCAAAGAAGGGGCUUUCCACAUCCACUAUGCCGAAGAGCGUUUUUGACGAAACACCCGAAGAGUCAACCCUCAAGUCCACAGCCCAGGGCCAAGAGUUAGUCAGUAGCAGCGGUCCUGGGAUUGGAGUUCCCCAAAAGCAUAAAAAACAAGCGGUAUCAAGAACUAAGACAUCCAAAAUUCGAGAUGCUCUUCAGCGAGAACGGGCUUUCAUCGGUGGAUCUCGUGCCAUCACUAAAUCUGCGAGGUGGUCAAGUCGUUUUUCUGGGGGGCUCAUUGCCAAAUCCGCAGCCCGUCAAAACUCAGCAAACCAAGCCCCCUCUAUCCCUGCAGGAGACACUGACGCAACCAAUCGUUCUAGUUUGGUCUUGAAUGUUGCUUCAAAGAGGGUUGUUUCGGUUCGCAAUGCUAUUCAAUCCAAACCAUCGCUCAAUCCGAGGCGGUCAUUCCAGGAGGCGGUGAAGAUAAAUUCUGACAUUCUUUGCAGGGUUGCCGUUAAAGGUCGGACCCAAACCAUGAAAUCGCAGAAACACAAGAGCUUUCUCGCUGAUGUUAUGCGCAAAGAUCUACAAGAGGAAGGCCUGAAGGGUAUGUCGACUCUAACGGUGGAGCUAAUCGACGUUUGCUUUCAAUACUUACUGCCUGAGUUGCGGCAACGAAUUGAAGAAACAAAGACACGAUCUUUCGGUGACGAAGCUGAAGCCGUUAUGAGAUCCCAGCGCUCCCUUGUGUCUCUGUUGGGCUCGGUAGUAGGUUUCCAGCGCGAGCGUUAUGGCAAAGUCUUCAAAGACACGUCCGGUGCAAGCAAGCCGGCAUUAUCUGAAGUGCACGAAAAUUGUAUGAAGUCAGUUCUGGCUUCAGAUUUCAAGAUCAUGAAGACCGAAUGGAGAGCUGUAGAGGCAGGGAUUGAACUAGACACGUUUCGUCUCGUCUUUCGCAUCCUUAUCGAAUCAUGCGAGUCCGUGAAGAGUGAUUCCAAGGAUGAUAAAAAGGUUCGAGACGUAGAAUUGUCAACGUUUGCGAUUCUGCAGAUGAUGAAAAUGCUUCAAGGUAUGGCUUCGAAGAGGAACGCUGCCAAAGAUGAGUUAGAUCAUCAGGGCAACGAGAACGAGCAAGAAGUGAAGACGAAUGACAGCAACUCAUUGACCCCCCGUGAGGUGGCCCUAAACACAAUUGAACAACUCUUCGAAGAACCAGCGUUUCUGAACGUGCCUGCAGAUCUUGCAAAAGAAUACUCCUCUAAGAUUUAUUCUUUCCGACACCUGAGCAAUAUCGUAGAAGUAACUCACGCGUUCACAACAAUUCUUUUGGAUGAACAAGAACUGGCUCAUCUGCAAGUUGCGAAGAAGAAGAGAGUGAGAAAAACAGCCAACCAAAAAGACGGAUAUUCCGUUGAAACUAAUGAAGAUAAGGCUAAGGAUUCGUCCGCAAGCGCUCAAAAUCUGCUUACGGAGGAAGUUAGCAAUCACAAGACCUCGAGCGUAGGUGAGCAGGCCGUCACAGAAGAGGGGACCGUGGGAGAGAUUUCUGUGGCUGGGCAAGGCAGUAAAGACAAGCCGGCAAAAGCUGAAAUUGAGUCCCAGUCGGGCAACCCUGUGAGGCCAGAGGGGCCCGCUGAUGAUGACUUAACGACUUCAAAGGAAGAUCUCUUAUCUUCUCAAAAAGCCGAUGAACAGGUAAAUCUCGCAGAUAGGGCAACAGCGGACAUUGUUGGGGAAGAAAGGGCAGAACCACCGGACGAAACCAAGUCGGACGAACCGGAAUUGCAGGAAGUGGAGAGUAUUGGAAUCAUAAGGAGAUUUGCUCACGCCAAAGCUCUGCAAACUUUACUGUUGCCUUUAAGGGCAGCAGUAUGUAAUGCCUCAUCACUGGCUGGAACAAUUCACAACGUUCCUGAGGGAUCUGGACCACUUCUGGCUCCAACUGUUGUUGCCAAGAGCGCGCAUGUUGUUGCUGCUGUGUGGAGAGUUGCCAAAGUGAAAGAACGAGGUGCGAUGUGUGGUCAAUUUUUCACGUUCGGCACCAUGCACUUGCUUGGUAUUGUCUUAGAGGCGAUGAACACCGGAAUAGUCCUACACGAUUCCGUGCUAGAGCGUUUCUCAGUCUUUGCUAGGGACGCCACGAGGAGCUUCUUCUCAUGGCUCGCUCUGAGCCCCGGUCUCACACUUGACGUGUUCUUUCCAAUGGACAAAGGUAGUUGCCACCAAUACAUGACGUCUGCGAGACAAAGAGAUGCUGUACUUAACGACUCGAAUGGAGCCUUCGAUUCCGGAAACGAAUCCGACGUCUCUGCUCUCGUGAUUAACCAUCCCGGCAAUCUCGAUUUUGAAGAAAGCGAAAGAAGAAAUUCUGAAAGGAAGCCCAGAAAAAGGAAGGGGAACCAGCAGUUCCGAAAAAAAGUGGUUGAGAGACGGCGCGAACGUGCUGUAAUAGGGGAGGACGAGGACGUAGAUGAUCUUGAUAACCUCAACCUAGGAAAUGGAUUUGAGUCAUCCGAGUCAGAGCCAGAACAUGACGACACACCUCUCCCAGACAAGGAUUCUGCGAAGGAAAAGGUUGUAGCAGAUCCCCAGAGUGAAAAAGAGGUACCAUUCUGUCGACUUCGGGCUGCAAAGAGGAGGCGCGCCUCACGAGAGCGCUUCGACCCAUUUGCUUCCGACGAUGAAGUUUUGGUGGGCAAAAUGCGCGGAAAGAGUCGCAAGAAGCCCAAGAAGGUAGAGCGAACGCGGAAAGAGAAGAAACAAAUCAAGCAGCCGGAAAGAGUCUUCUACAGUAGCGAUGAAUAUGCAGAAGGUGAUCUGAAUUUGACAGAUUCCGAACGGGAUGUCUCCCCACCAGGAGAGCUGGAUGGUCCUCGAGCCAAUCGCCGUAGACGUCAAAUUUCUCGGCAGACGAAUUCGGAGGAAUCAGAUGACUCUGGGGCUGCAUUGGAGAAAACCAUAGGAGAAGCAUUUGGGAAAGAGGCAUCGACCAAACAUAUCGAGUUGCACCACUCCAGUGCUGUCUCUGAAGAAAAUUCCAAUGAUGCAAACAGCGAUGCAGAGAAAAGUCCAGGCGUCAGGCUCGGGAAAGUGCAACUCAAGUCACAAAAUGGAACAGGCAAGACGCCAUCGACACCAGACUCGAAGCCGUCAUCAAGGCGACCAUUGAAGCGGCGCAGAGUUGUUCUGAAUGAUGCAGAUAGCGAAUAA